GAAAUGUCUUUACUGUAUUUGCAAUGAAAAUCGCCACCUCAGAUCUUUAUAAACUGCAAGUUUAAGUAGGUAGGUAAUGAAUAUCUCGAAUGUUUUACUCUUUGCACAAAUUUAGCAUGUGUUGAAAGAAAGGAAAGUAAACAACGUUUAUGGACUCUAAAAUAAAAUAUUUACGAUUGUAAAUACACGCGAAAUAUCGAUUCAUUAAAAUGAGAAUUUUAUAUUUCCCGCUCAUAAUUUUUACACUCGUGUUUAUCAAUACAUGCUAUCAUUCUGAUACAUAUAAUGUGGGUACUGCACUAUUCCGAGAAUGGGACAUCGCAAAGAAAUACUGGACAAAGGAGGACCUGGCCUUGGUGGACCUGCGACGCGCCAUGCAGGAUCUGAUCCCCUCGAAGCCGAUGGACACGAGCAGCGACGAGUAUGCCUCGGAGUUGGCGGCGUACUUCCUGCAGUCGGCGGAAGUGGCCAGUCAGAGCGUGGAGGGUCGCGCGAGGACCCUGGUGCUGAUGGCGCUGUACGAUGUGUUCGGUGGCUACCUGCGCGCGUACGCGUUGCCAGUGAGCCGGCUCGGGUACUACGCUGGCACCGUCAGCUACAACCACGUGGAGGUGCUGACCGACAUCUACGAGGAGACGAAGGCCUACCUGAGGACGGACGGGAUGAUCUGGAGCAGGGACAUGGGCCUGGAGCGCCUCAGGCCGCCGAUCAGCCCGCUGAAGGUCGAGCCGCUCUGUCCGGGGGACUGCAGCGAGGCUUGCGAGCAGCUGACCCUGAGCAAGGAGUCCGGAAACACGCAGACAGUGCCCAUACCUUUCCUGGACGACGAGAGCCGGCCGAACACGCUGAUCGUGCCGAUGGAGGGCUGGAAGCUGGUGAGCAUCACGUCGCGCGACUCGGAGGGCGUCCUGAGGCGCUACUACGCCUGCGCCGUCAGGUGCUUGACGGGGCGGCGUGACUCGGAGGCCCAAACUCGCGAGUUCCACAGCAACCUCAUCAGCUGGCUGAAGGACCACGUAAUCCCACAUCUCAAAGAAGAUCGAUGGUAUCCGGGAUUUCAUGGAGUUCUUCAAAUUAUAGAGACCAUGAAACAAGCAGGUGUGGACGGAGCUGACGAGGCCAUUGCCGGGCUGUGGAAGAUCGGACCAAGAAACGAUUUUGAACUCCCCACGCCAGGACCCCCGGACACUCCCACAGCAGAUACAGGCCAAGCAGAGCAAGUAGAGCAAGCAGAGCAAGCAGAGUCUACAUCCACCUGGGUUUCGCUAGCAAGUAAUGUCUACGUCAUAUCUGUUUGCGGAGUUUGCAUAUUCCUGGCUGCAAUCAUCCUGCUGAUUUUCCUCUGCUGUCGCUGUAGGAAGUGGUGGCUAGCGAGAAAACAUCAGCGGCAAAUGGAAGGUGGCACGGGAUAUUACUGUGCCCCAAAUAAUAUCUACACAAAAUUGAACCAAGGGUAUCGGAAGUUGCCCGCUGAAAGAGAGAGCAUAACCGUCCCUCCACAGCGCAUCGGGUGCAAAGUGACACUGGCGAAGCAGUUCUGCCAACAGAUUCCCGUCACAAGCAGUAACGAGAGGUUCUCUGACGACUUGCAUCAGCAAUCACACGUGAGGGGGAAAACUGUAGCAGAGUACGAGCAGGACUACAAGAAAGUAAUGCAGGAUAUCAAUUUAAAUGAGCAGACGUCCUACUCCAGCGAAGACGACGACGACAACGAAGAGCAAGAAAUAUUUACCAAAACAUAAAAAAAGGAAAUCAAUGGAAUCUGCUUCUGUAACGCCAAGUUAAAUUAAAACCACACGAUAUAUUCCAUGGUGUUACCUUGGAACAGUUUCAUAAA